CGCAACAUACCACUACCACCUGCACCCAUGGCCGACGAAUUGCUGGAUAAGGCCCGCGACCUGCUCGAGGGCCAGAUUGACUUUGAUGGUCAGCGCCUUGCCGAACUGCUCACGACCGCGCUGCUGUCUACCGCCGGCAUUGUCGCCUUCUUCGUCGGUUACGCGACCCAAAACAUCGUGCUGUCGCUCUACAUUGUCCUUGGUGGUGCCGCACUCACCUUUUUCGUCGUCGUCCCUCCAUGGCCUUUCCUCAACAAGGACCCCAUAACCUGGCUCCCGCCCCAGUCGAGUGGCACACGCGGAGUUGAGAUUGAGGUGGAUGGGGACAAGGUCACUUGAAGUCGCGGCAUUUCACCAGGCGCAAACGGGGGUUCUUGCAUGAAUUGGUUUGAAGUGAUACUUCGGGGAGUCGAUCGCUGCCCUGCUCACUGGGCUGGUAGAGGAAGAUUGCGGUGAGAGAUGCUGUUGUACAUGGUGGCACGGCUGUUUACCCGGUCGUCGUGCAUGUUAUCGUUUGUGAUUCCCAGCGAGCAUACCUAGGCCCUACUAGGCGACAGUGGAUUCAGAGGUAGGCGGGAAAAUGGUGGUGGUAGUCUGAUCCAUUUUCCAUCCGAUAUAAGGCUCCGUCAGCCGUCAAGCGUCAACCGUC